GGCAUAGGCUAUAUAAAGCAAGGUGCCGCUUUGUCCACCUGGUGCACCGUCUUUGAAGGUAUCGCAAGUAAGCAGCAAACAUGGCAGAAUUCAAUCGCUCACAGGUGUUGGGAUCUGUGUUUGACACUACCAGCAGGUAUAUACGUUUGGCCUUUGCGCCCUGUCAUCGACUCCGAAGAAAUUAACCGUUCGCCUAGGUAUAGCAACGUACGGCCGGUGGGCCUGGGUGCUUUUAGCCUUGUUUGGUAUGUCUCCCUUAUUAUCCCCGUUGCCCCUUUUCCCCCACCCAGUUCCGCGUAUGACCGGGUGAGGGGCCAAUCUGUGGCGAUCAAGAAGCUAUUGAACCCCUUUGCCACGGCAGCCAACGCUAAGCAGACGUACCGGGAGAUUAAGCUCUUAAAGCAGCUACGACACGAAAAUCUCAUCGGCUUGUGCGAUGUUUUUAUCUCUCCCCGAACAGAUGUUUACCUAGUAACCGAGCUCCUCUCAACUGACCUCGGCCGCCUCCUGGAGGCUGGACCCUGGAACCACAAUUCGUACAGUAUUUCGCGUAUCAAAUACUGCAACUUGGUCAUCGAUGAGAACUGCGACUUGAAGAUAUGUGAUUUCGGUCUCGCCAGGCCGCAGGAUCGUCGAAUGACUGGAUAUGUCUCGACGCGGUAUUAUCGCGCACCGGAGGUCAUGCUUACAUGGCAGAUGUACGGUGUAGAGAUGGACAUUUGGAGUGCCGGGUGUGUCAUUGCGGAGAUGUUCAAUGGAAAGCCGUUAUUCCCCGGGCAAGACCCCAUUAACCAGUUCUACUUGAUCCUGGACGUGUUGGGGAAUCCAUCGGACAAGUUUAUCUCGCGGGUCUGUACCACAAAUACAGUGGAGAUCAUCCGGUCACUGGAGCGAAGAGAGCCGCGUCCCUUGCAAAGCGUUAUUCAGAAUCUAGAUGAGUUCUCCCGGAGCUUGCUCGAGAGAAUGCUCAUACUGGACCCACAAGAAAGGAUUUCCGCCGAGGAAGCCCUACAACACCCCUAUAUGAGUGUGUAUCAUGACCCGGCCGAUGAGCCCAUUGCCGAAGAAAAGUUCGACUGGACGUUCAACGGCAGUGAAUUUGACGAGGAGAUGCUAAAAGAAAUGAUGUAUGCCCUUCCUCAUCCCCCCUGA